AUGAGCGCCAACCCCCAGUGGGACAUCAGCAGGGCGCUGGGAGUGGCCAGGCUCUUCCACUUGCUGUGUGGGCUGCGGGAUGCCUGCGUGACCCCGUUCCUGACCCUCUACCUGAGGCAGCUGGGCCUGGCCGCGCCCUGGGUGGGCAUCCUGGUGGGAACCCAGCACCUGGUCGCCGCCUUCUGGGCGCCCUUCUGCGCCUUCCUGGCCAAAAGCUACCAGAAAAGGAGGGUGCUUCUGAUAGGCUCGCUGCUGGGCUCGGUGGGCGCCAGCCUGUCCAUGGUGCUGGUGCCGCCGCUGGACAAAGACCUGGGGCACCGCUCCUGUCAUGGCAGCCACCGCGAGACCCCCACAGCCCUGCCACCGGAGGCCGCACUGACCGGGAACUUCACCUCGGCCCAAGGGCCGGCCUCAAACCACCCAGCCAAGAGGAGCGCUGGGAUCAGGGACACUUCUGGCUUCAGAAAAGAACCAGCGGAAAGUGUCCAAGAACCUUUCAGUCACCUGCCCAGAAACUCUGAGGGCUCUGUUGAAGGAGCCAGGACCACGGCCGAAGUUCUCCAUCCUGGCACUUCAGGGGUGAAAGAUACUCCCUGGGAAGGUGCUUUUGGGGUGGUCAGUACUGCCCUCCCUCUGCUUGCUGGGGGCACAGCGCUGGGAAGUCCAGCCAACUUCUCAGCAGCCAAGGGGAGCUCAGGGGCCCUCGGCCUCUCCUUGGAAGGGUUGCGAUGGACUUUCAUUCCCUGCUUCGUGUCCAUGGUGUUCUGGGAGCUGCUGACAGCCCCUCAGGAGCAGGUGGCCGGUGACAGCCUGUUUGAAUACCUGGAUUUUGUGGACGCCACUGACCGUUACCGAAGCCUUUGGAUCUGGAAGCUGCUGGGCACGUCGGCGGGCGUGUGCGGCAUCGCAGCCUUGGUGGAGCAGCUGGACUGCUUCCUGAACACGAGUGGCCCCCGGGGCGUGGUGCACUUCUAUGGCUACUCGCUGCUCAGCAUCCUGGCUUUACUGGUGAGCAUUGUUUUCCCCAUCCCCAUCGGCAGGUGCCGGGAGCCCAGCUACAAAACCAGCAAAGCACUGUCUCUGGUAGAGGGCGACCCCCGACUCAUGCUCCUAGCCUUCACUGUCUUUCUGAUAGGAGCCGCCACCAGCACAGUCCAGAACUUUCUGUUCUGGCACAUGGAAGACCAUGGGAGCAGCGAGCUGGUUAUGGGUUUCUCGGUUGCCCUGGGCUUGCUGGGCGAAGUUCUACUUCAUCCAUUCAAAGCCACGUUGCUUAGGAAACUGUCCAGAGUGGGAACGGUGGGGCUGGGGCUGGGCUGCCUCUCAGGGCAGCUGCUGUACUACUCUUUCCUCUGGAGCUGGUGGUCUGUCCUCCCUGUUCAGAUCCUGAGUGCUCUCAGCAAUGGGGCUCUGUGGUGGGCGGUGGGGGCUUCAAUAGAAGACCUCGCCACUCCUGGAAUGGAGAGGCCUCUGAGUGCCAUGUUCCGAGGCCACUUCUAUGGAGGGGGAGCCAGCCUGGGCAGCUUUGUGGGGGGCUUCGUGGUGAGGCACUUCAGCCUGGCUGUGCUCUACCAGGCCAGCUGCGUGGUCCUUGUGCUCUGGCUGGCCCUGUUCCUGUCCAUCCAGCCAAGACUGCCCCAGGAGCGGAAAAUCAACUACUCAAAGCUGCUGAUCGUGGAGGCAAGUGACACGAGCGACUCUGAGCAAGGGACGGAACGGGACUGGCUUGUGAAGGCUGGUCUGGAAAGGAGCCAAAGGACUGGGCAAAACUCAGCCUGCUGAGGGCAAAAUCCACCAGUCCUGCCUAGGGGCCUAGGAAGCCCCAGGGAGAGAUAAAGCACGUCUGUGCUGAAGCCCCACAGGUUCAUCUCAUUGUAUGACAGCAGUUCAAGUUUUUAAAAAAUAAUGGUGGAAAAAUACAUUUGCUAAGAAACAA